CGCAAUGAUUGCUUUUCUACCUUUUUUGCCAUUUUUUUUGCGAAGAGGAAAAACAACGGAAGAGCAUCUUUCAAUUUUUAUCUGAAGUCGGCGGCAAUUACGCGGUCGCGUGUUCUCGUUAUAUGUGCGAUUUCGCCGCGGGAAAGAGAAGCAUCAUUAUCAAAUGGCGUCGUCAAAGGGAAAAGCGAGAGACCGAGCUGAGAAAAAACGGAUAGCUGAACGGAAGCCGCGAGCUAACGUACGUUCACGUGGCAAAUCGACGCGUCGAAAACGCGUCGAUACUCCGCGCCGACAAUUGCACGAUUCUGUCAGUAUACCUCAACUGGUCUACGAGCUUCUCACCAUCGAUAAGUACAAUCAAGAUGCGAAACGCUUUCAAUCUCCGGCGCGUUUCGGGACACCUCAUCGAACGGUGCAGAAAUAUCACGACCGGCAAAGGUUUCACUGUGACUCGACGGCAGCCGGGCAUCGCGACAUCACGGAAUCCGUUCAAGUGCCCGACUACGUGAUGGAAUCUGGCCCCACGUCCGUUGAGAGUUUGACCGAGCCGAUGGAUGCAAAUAGCUCGGCGCCAACAAGUUCCGCGAACAGCAGCGUGUCAAAUAUCUCAAUGGAACCGACUGCGAAUACGCUCGAUAACGCCCGAGAACUCUUCGGAAAAAAAUCUCUGGUGCAACUGAUUAACGGUUACAUCAAAGCGGGCAUCGACGAAGGCAAGCGACAGGCCAAAAAGUACAUCCGCAAGGCGCUGUCGUUUGGCGUGAGGUUGGGUUAUCUGAUCCCGACCGAUUCGCAAGGCAACGUCCUUCGGGUGUGUCCGACCCUGGACACGGGAUCCUGGAGGUCGAAAAGGGCCGAGUCCAGGGAGAGACGGCGAGUCGCGCGACGAGGCGGAACGAAUCCGACGACGAUCGACGAUCGGAAAGCGAUGCGUCGCGGUAUCCCGCGGGACAAACCGCGUCCGGACGACGAGGAUAAUGGACAGACAACAUCGAAAAGAGGUAGAUGGCAUUCCGCUAACAGUCCCGUCAGAAACUCGAACUUGAGGGAGACCGCGCCGAGAAAGACGUCCGAGAGAGACAAGUCAAAAACCGUCGCGAGGAAGAGCAAACUCGACGUUAAUAUUAAUAAACGGAGACAACAGCGGAAGAGAGGCGGGAUGGUUAGAAAACCGAUCAGAAGACGUCGCGAGGUUCUGUCUCCGAAACUGAACGUUGAGAACUACCGCGAGCCAGUUGGGGAAAGUCAUAACGAUGCGAACGACGAGGAUCGCGAUCGGCACAAGAGCAACGAGGAUAAUUACAGGCCGGCUGUCGAAAAUUGGAAGUCGACGACGUUAAAUCGGGCGGAGGACGAAUCGAGAACGGAGAGACGGAAGACCGAAACGAAUGUCGACGACGAAACCGAGCGCAGAAACGCCGACGAGAAGCACGGAGAGGAAGAGACAAAUUGCGUCGAGCGCAACGCGAGCGACACAAUCGGAGAAAUAAACGAUGCUUAAAGAAUCAUAACGCCCACCUGGCGCGCGUUCCCUUCUCGGCUCGAGAGGGAAAGGCCGGGAGGAAGAUCUUCCUCUUUUGUAUAUUCUCACUUGUUUUGUAGAGUCAAUUUAUUGUGCACAUUGUUUUGACAUUUAUUUGGAAUUAUAGAGCUUUACACAGCAAAAACACACACACAAUGUAUAUCAUUCUUUCUUAGUUCAUCGCUUUUAUAUCGGCGGGUAAGAAAUUUAUGACGGGGCACGAAUGUGCGAGCCUUUUUUUAAAUAUUUUCUCCCCCAAGUUUGUUCCUCUUGUCGGAUUGAAUUAAUUGAUACUGUGCGGUUUUCAAAAAGUUAACAUUUCUAAUAAUUAAACAUUUGCAAAUAAAUAAUUGCAUAAUUACACGUUACAA